AUGGCCAAGAAGAAACCCCAAGCGGCACAGAAGAGCGGUGGCCCAAAGGCUCCAAGCGGCCCGAAUCCAUAUGAUAGCUUCCAUAAUAAGCGUCGGAGGCACGCCGUGCUGAACGAGCGCGUGAGAGGGGAGCACCGCAAUGUGGAAAGAUCCAGGGCUGCGUCCAGCAGUGAUCGGAAGGGAAAACUGUUGAAGGACAAGUUGACCUCACACCGCAGCUCCACCUUCCGCGACGCCCGCCUGGGUGGCGACGUCGAGAGCGUGGGCAGCGGUGUCGGUGGCAGUGUGCAGAGGUUGGUGAAGUUGCGACAGCGACAGUCCAAAAAGAGCUUCAACUUGGGGAAGGAGGAAGAGCUGCAGCACCGCGGCCGGCCCCUCUCCUCCUUGAACGACGCCGAGCUCCGCAGCUCCGCCGUGGGCGACGACGAGGACGACUGGGCGACGGCAACGGUGGACGACCUCAUCCAGCAGGGGCGGCAGCGGAAGGAGGACGCCGCCAGGGAACGCGAGGAGCUGGAACAACAGCGCGGGGAGUUGGACAAAGAAUUUUCCAACAUCUUGGAUGAGUUGAAGUCAAAUUUUCGCCCACCCAAAGCUCUACAGCCCAUCGAACGUGUGGAGCCAGAUAGCUACGACAAGCUGCUGAAAGAGUUGAUCUUUGACAGAAAAGCGGUGGCAACUGAACGCACCAAGACGCCGGAAGAGAUCGCCAGGGAAAAGGCUGAGAAGUUGGAAGCCUUGGAACGCCAACGCCUGGCGCGAGCCGACGGCCUCGGAGAGGACCUCGGAGAGGACCUGGACGACGCGGACGCGGAGUCGGAGGGUGUUGGGCCGGCUUCGGCGGGCGCGGAGGAAGGGGAGGAGGAGGAGGAGUUGGAAGAGGACGCCGAAGAAGCGGAAGAAGCCAAGGAAGCGGAAGAAGCCAAGGAGGCGGAAGGUGAAAAUGAUGUGGAUGAGGAUGACCGACUGGGUGAAGAUUGCAUCAAACUCCUCACUGCGGAAGAGGCUGAAGCCCCCUAUCGGAACUACAUGAAGAAUGGAAAGGGUGAGGAGGGCUUGCCUUUCGCCCCUGAGUGCCCCACUGAUCGCUUGGCAGUGGAGCGGCUCUUGGACAAUCGCGCGCCGCAGACGUGUUUGAAGCUGGUUCAGCGCGUUCGGACGCGCACAGCAGCUGCUUUGGGCCUAGAGAAUCGGAAGAAGUUGGAAUCCUUUUUCUUAGCCUUGCUGGAUUUCUCCAUCAACAUCAUGGCCCGUAGCGAUGGCGACAUCAGCGCGCGCGGCAUGCAAGUGGUCUAUGCUUUGCGUCGACCUUUGCUGGAACUGGCCAAUGAAUUUCCGACUGAAGCCACAAAAUAUUUCUUGGAACUGCUGGAGGACUUAGGCCCCGAAUCCGCUCCGCGGGCGCGAGAGCUCUGUGCUCUGAAACUGGUCCCCUUGAUCUUCCCCGUCACGGAUUUCCAGCAUCCGGUGGUCACCCCCGCAAUGCUGCUGGCAGAUCAUUGGGCCUCGCAGUUGGCACAUCUGGGGGAAAAUAUCACGGACCUGGUGUCGGAAGGAUCGAUGUUGGUGGCCGUGCUUUACGAGUUGCUGUCACCAGGCCGCAAGUUCUGCACGUCGUUCUUUCAGCUGGGUGCUGCUCUGCUCGACUCUUGCGCCGCGUCGCUACAGCAGGGCCGGGAGCAGUGCGGCGGCGCGGCGGUGGAUUUGGCGCAGCUGCUGGGGAAGGCUUUGAAGGCGGUGGCGGAGCAUGAGCCAGCCGCAGCUAUGAUGGUCUAUCAGGCCAUUUUGCGGCCCUGUCUCAGCCGUUUGCCUCGCAACGCGUCCAUCGACAAGGCAGUUCAAGCCAUCAACGAAGCUGUAGCAGCCACAGGUAGCAUGAAACCACUGACUCUCUUUGAAGAAGGUGCAGUUCAGAUCAAGAUGCUGGACCCCAUCUUCCACGAAGAGGGCGACCGGCCCAUGAAGCGCGGCAUGGACGUCUCGGAGACCAAGCAGCUGCAGCGGCGCCUGAACCACGAGCGGCGCCAGGCGGCACGGCAACUGGCACGGGAUGCGGCGGUGGUGCAGCAGCUGCAGCAUCAGAAGGGCGAGGUGAAACGGAAGGCGAAGCAGAAUGAGAGAAAGCGCGUGAGGCAAAUGAUGGAAACGGAGAAGCAGGAGCUGAAGAAGAUGGCCACGGAGUAUGACAAAUCCAUGAACACCACCUUCGGCAGUUUCUCCAAGACCAAGGAGCGUAAGAAGGCCAACCGUCGCAUGGCCGGCAACGCCACGGCUGAGAAUCCCAAGCAGCCGAAGCCGAAGGAAAACUCCACGCCCAAGGCCGCAGCAAAGUCGGAUGCACCGAAAACUUCCAAGAAAUCCACGAAAGGAGGGAAACGGAAGGCGCGUCGCUUGUGAGCCU